GAUGACUAAUAUUUUUUUUAUAACCUCAAAAUUUGCUCUGAUGGAUUGUGUAUGACAUAUUUUGAAAAUACACAGAUUCAAGAAAUUAAAAAUAUUCGAAUAUGUACAUAAUUCUGAGGUUACCACUACGGAAAUUGUCAGAAGCUUCAUUCUUGGAUACGUAUUCUUAUUUUAAAAGUUACAUGUAAAUUUAUAUCCUGAUAAGCAAGCUAUUCUGAAAAGUGAGAACUUUAAAUAAAUAUAAUUUAACAUUAUUCACUUGCAUUGCGUUGUAUCAGCAAAUAAGAUACUUCAGCGGAGAUCAAAAAUAUUAAUAUAAUGUUUUCCAUUUGGCGAACGUUGCGUUUUGGUGCACGUUUGUCGUGUGCCCAAUAUUCUGCACACCGUUCGAUUAUGUGUAAAUCGAAUGGUGCCGGAGUAUUCCAUCAUAAUCGUUUCAUUCACGAAUGUAGUAAUGAACGUAAGGAAUUAGGUAAAUUAGAAGGAAAAAUGAAACUGAUGUUUACAUGUAAAAAAUGCCAGACGAGGAACAGCAAGUUGAUAUCAAAGUUAGCGUAUAAUAAAGGAGUAAUAAUAGUAACAUGCACCGGUUGUAAGAACAAUCAUCUCAUCGCUGAUAAUUUAGGAUGGUUUUCAGAAAUAAAUCAGAAAAUAAAUAUUGAGAAACUUAUGGCGUUGAAGGGAGAAACUGUACGAAAGAUAUUAAAUGACAGAGAGGGCUAUUUUGAAGCAGUGCUCAAUGAAGAGUUCAAGUUACACCAAAAAAAUGCUAGUGAGACAAUAAACUCAAACAAUAUGGAGGAAGAUUCUGAUAAAAUUAAACAAGUUGAGAUGUUAAAAGAAAGUUGAUAUUUUACUUGAAAACUGAGCUAUUCCUUGAACAAGAGUACAAGAAUUAUCAUGUAGAAUUCGUUAAUUGACGCAGUUCUUUUCAAUAAUCAUCUAUAUAUUACUCGGAUACUCAAUAAUAUUCCUACCAAUGGCAGACUACUUGUUUGGCACAAGGGACAUAUUAUUACAAACGACUUUUUAACAAGUUCUUAAAAUUGUUAUGAUACUUUAUGUACAAUUUUGGAAAAAGCUUUGUGCAAAUAAAAAAAUAUAUUAUAUAUAUAAAAGGUAAUUAUUUACUUCUAUACACCACUAUCAUUAUUGCAUAUGAUUUGAAUUCAGUAAAUCAUUAAAAUCAAGUAUUGCCUGUCUAUAAAUAUGUACAAUAUUUUUUUUACAUAAA